UCCUGCCUCAGCCGGCGAAUAUGGCGGCCGCCGAAGAGAGGCCGCCUUCCGGGCCGGGGUCGGAGAGCGAGGACGAGAAGAUUCUGUACGACCUGCUGGUCAACACCGAGUGGCCGCCGGAGACGGAGGUGCAGCCUCGAGGCACUCGGAAACAUGGCGCAUCCUUUAUCAUCACCAAAGCAAUUACAGGGCCUCUUCUCUUCUUCCGUCAGUACAUCUGGUACAGCCCAACAACGUUUUUACUCCCUGAUGGACUGGUCCGCUUGGUCAAUAAGCAGAUAAACUGGCAUUUAGUACUUGCAAGUAAUGGCAAGCUCCUGGCAGCUGUUCAAGACCAGUGUGUGGAGAUCAGGUCGGCCCGAGAUGAGUUUACGUCCAUCAUUGGGAAGUGCCAAGUGCCCAAGGAUCCCAGCCCGCAGUGGAGACGGGUGGCGUGGAGUUACGACUGCACCCUGCUGGCUUACGCUGAGAGCACGGGGACCGUGAGGGUGUUUGACCUCGUGGGCAGCGAGCUCUUCAUCAUCCCCCCGGCAUCCAGUGGCCCAAGAGAUCUCAGCUAUGCCGUCGCCGGCCUCAUAUUUCUGGAGUACAAGGCGAGCGCGCAGUGGUCUGCAGAGCUGCUGGUCAUCAACUACCGGGGAGAGCUGCGGAGCUACCUCGUGAGUGUCGGCACCAACCAGAGCUACCGAGAGAGCCACAGCUUCAGCUUUGGGGGCCACUACCCCCACGGCGUCAGCACGGCCAUUUACCACCCAGGACACAGGCUUUUGCUGGUAGGCGGCUGUGAGAGUGAUGAAGAGGGCGCCUCGAAAGCCCGUGCCUUGGGCCUGUCUGCUUGGAGGGUCCUGUCCGGAUCUCCUUAUUACAAGCCAGUCAGCAGCAGCGGGGACGGCCUCGCCGCGGCACCGAAGAGGCUGGGGCUGCUGCGGAUUCUGAACGCGGUGCUGUACAGCCGGCAGGGACAAGAGCAGGACGGGAUCUACAAGAUGAGCCUCUCUCCCGAUGGGACAAUCCUGGCCACCAUUCACUUCUCGGGAAAGCUGAGUUUCUGGACCAUCCCGUCUCUCAAACAGCUGGGGGAGUGGAGUCAGGAGGAGCAGCCAGGUUAUGAUGAAAUCAACCCCCAUUGGAGGCUUUCCACUGAGAAAAGGAAAAAAAUCAAAGAUAAAGAGUCCUUUUACCCGCUGAUAGAUGUCAAUUGGUGGGCCGACAAUGCCGUGACGCUGGCCCGAUGCUCAGGAGCCCUGACAGUGUCAUCUGUGAAAACCCUGAAGAACUUGUUGGGGAAAUCCUGUGAGUGGUUCGAGCCGUCCCCUCAGCUCACGGCCGCCCACGACGGAGGAUUUCUGAGCUUGGAGUGUGAGACGAGGCUGGGGCCGAAGAGAUCGCGCUUGGAGACCCGGCCAGGGGAGGACGAGGAGGGAGACGAGGACUCUGACUCGGGCGACGAGCUGUCCGCCAAGGCUCGCUACUUCGGCUACAUUAAGCAGGGCCUCUACUUCGUGACGGAGAUGGAGCGCUUCGCUCCGCCCCGAAAGCGCCCUCGGACCCUCACCAAGAACUACCGCCUGGUCAGCCUGCGCUCCACCACUCCCGAGGAGCUCUACCAGCGCAAGAUCGAGAGUGAAGAAUACCAGGAAGCCUUGGCUCUGGCCCACACCUAUGGACUGGACACUGACCUAGUCUACCAGAGGCAGUGGAGGAAGUCCACGGUCAGCAGCGCUUCCAUUCACAACUACUUGAGCAAGAUUAAGAAGCGCUCCUGGGUCCUCCAUGAGUGCCUGGAGCGGGUCCCCGAGAACGCCGAGGCGGCCAAGGAGUUACUCGAAUACGGCCUGAAGGGCACCGACCUGGAGGCACUCCUGGCCAUCGGGAAGAGAGAGGACGAUGGCAGGUUCCUCUUGCCUGGGGAGGUGGACAUCGCCGAGCUGCCCUACGAGGACCUCUCGGCACCGGCCGGAGACUUUGGAGGCAGAGACAAGAGAGCGGAGCUCCUGCAGCUCGUGAACUUCUCCCAGCUGACCUUGGAGCAGAAGGAGCUGUGCCGGUGCCGGCUGAAGUUACUGACCUACCUGGACCGGCUGGCCACGUACGAGGAAAUCCUGGCCGUGCCUCAUGCUGCCGAGCACAGCUACGACGCCGACUUCUUCCAGAAGUUCAGAAAUCAGAACCUCGUCCUGUCGGCGAGAACUUACGCCCGGGAGAGCAACGUCCAGGCGCUGGGCCUCCUGUUCACGUACCACGGCUCGGAGCUGCUCGCCCACCGCCUGGCCCUCCUCUCCAACUUCCCCGAGACCACGUCUCCGCACGAGUACGCCGCGCUGCUCCCGGAAGCCUGCUUUGCCGCCGGGUCCUUGGCCAUCUUUCCGUGGAACGAGCAGCAGCACCGGGACAAGGAUUGGUGUGAGGAGCCGGAGUGCAGGAUGGCCGUGGAGCCGGGGGUCCGCGAUGAAGCCGGAUUCCUGUACGAAGCCCAGCCCGAACUGCUGAAGUACAGGACGGCGCGCCUUCCCAUCGAGCUGGUCACCGAGUGGUACUGCGCUCGGGGGGAGGAGAUCGAGCACUGUGCCCGGCAGGUGGACUGUGCCUUGUCCCUGAUCCGCCUCGGCAUGGAGAGGAACAUCCCCGGCUUGCUGCGCCUCUGCGACGACCUGGUCACCCUGGAGACCCUGGUGUACGAGGCCGGCUGCGAUCUCACGCUGACCCUGAGGGAGCUGCAGCAGAUGAAGGCCAUCGACCAGCUGCGGCUACUCAUGGAGAGCUCCUCGGAGGAGCAGUACGUGACGAACGCCUACCAGUGGAUGGUGCCCCUCCUGCACCGCUGGGAGAAGCAGAGCCCGGGCGCUGCCAGCCAGCUGCUCAAAGACUACUUGGUGACCUCGGCCAGGGCCGACCUGAGGCUGCCCCUAAAGAUCUUCCAGCACUCCAAGCCCGACCUUCAGCAGAAAAUCAUCCCGGACCAGGAUCAGCUGAUGGAGAUCGCCCUGGAGUGCAUCUAUAGUUGUGAGCGGGAUGACCAGCUCUCGUGCUGCUAUGAUAUUUUAGAAUGCCUUCCGCAGAGAGGAUAUGGCCUUAAAACUGCCGCAGCCACCGCUCUCCAUGACAGGGUGGACCAGCUGGAGCAGAUUCUAAGUGUGUCCGAGCUCCUGGAGAAGCACGGGCUUCAGAAACCCAUUUCCUUUGUAAAAAACACCCAGGCCGACGCGGAAGAGGCCCGGAAACUGAUGAUCAGGCUGACCAGACACACUGGACGCAAACAGCCCCAGGUCAGCGAGUCUCAUUGGAAGAUGUUGCUGCAGGAUAUGCUGGCUAUGCAGCGGACUGUCUACACCUGCUUGGAGCCAGAUGCUUGCUACGAGAUAUUCACGGAGAGCCUCCUGUGUGCCAGCCGCCUGGACACCCUGCACUUGGCUGGCCAGAUGAUGCAGUGCAGCGCCAGCCCCCCGAGAGGGAAGGCCCCCUGCAGGGUGGGCUACGAGAAGAGCGUGGCCCUGGUGCUGGCUGCCAGCCGGGAGUACUUCAACUCCUCCACCAGCCUCAGCGACAGUUGCAUGGACCUGGCCAGGUCUUGCUUACAGUUGAUCACUGAUUGUCCCAGCCCCGUUCAGGAGGAGCUCGAUCUCAUUCGUGCCCUGGGGUACCUGGAAGAAUUUGGGGUAAAGAUCCUCCCUUUGCAAGUGCGCCUGUGCCCGGAUCGCCUCAGCCUCAUCAAGGAGUGCAUUGCCCAGGCCCCAACCUCCUACAGGCAGUCCGCCAAGCUUCUGGGCCUGGCCGGCCUGCUCCAGGUGGCAGGGGAGGACCACGAGGCGAGGAAGGGGCAGGUUCUGGUCCUUCUGGUCCAGCAAGCCCUUCGUUUCCAGGACCACAAAGCCGCCAGCAUGCACUGCCAGGAACUGAUGGCCACAGGCUACUCUCCGAGCUGGGACGUGUGUAGCCAGCUGGGGCAGUGCGAAGGCUUCCGGGACUUGGCCGCUCGCCAGGAGCUCAUGGCUUUUGCUCUGACGCACUGUCCUCCCGGCUCCAUCGAGGAUCUUCUGGCAGCGAGCAGCUCGCUCCAGACAGAGGUCCUUUAUCAGAGGGUGAACUUCCAGAUGCAUCCAUGUGAAGGAGGAGAGAGCCCAAGUGUGUCCCUGCUACCGGUGCCAGGGCCUCCGGAGGAUGAAGCCGGCCUCCCCUCGAGCCAGUCCGGGGACCUGCUGCAUUGGACCACGGCCACCACCAUGAAGGUCCUCUCAAACACCACGACGACCACCAAAGCCGUGCUGCACGCUGUCAGCGACGGGCAGUGGUGGAAGAAGUCCUUGGCCUACCUGCGGCCCCUGCAUGGUCAAGACCUCGGGGACGUUUACGGCCGGGGAGUGGGCGCCAAUGCAGGCCUGCACCGGCAGGGCUGCCAUCCCUUUUACGAGUCCCUGCUGGCCAAUCCCUUCAUCUCCGAGUCCGAAGUGACCUAUACCGCAUACCAGCACGUGGCCAAGGAGAGCUUUGCGGAGGUGCUGCUGAGAACAGGGAAGCUGGCAGAGACCAAGAGUGAAGGCGACGGAGGGUUUCCAACCACCGAAGUUCUCCUGCAGCUGGCGAGCGACGCCUUCCCCCACGACCUGGCCUUGGCCUUGGCCUACCUGCUCGCCCUGCCCCAGGUGGUGGACGCCAACAAGUGCUUCGAGAAGCAGGCGCCGUCCGCCCUGGUGCUCCAGCUGGCCGCCUACUACUACAGCCUGCAGAUCUACUCGCAGCUGGCGCCCUGCUUCACGGACCGCUGCCACCCGCUCUACCGGGCCAACCCCAGUGAGCUCGUCCAGAUGGUCACCAAGCACGUCUCCGACCUGGAGGGCCAGGCCUGGCCUGAGGGCCUUGGGACGCUGGUCCAGCAGCUGGGCUUCUACCACGAGCGGCUCCUGGAUCUCACCCAAGCCCAGCUCCUCCGGAGCCUGCACAAGGGCGUGGACGUGCCCCGCUUCGCUGCAGACACCCAGUAUAAGAGGGAGACCAUCCUGGGCCUGGCGGGGACCCUGGAGAAGAACGUCUACACCAUUGCCCUCUCCUUGGCCCAGCGCUAUCAUGUGCCGCGUUGGGAGGUGUACAUGACCCACCUGGAGUUCCUGUUCACCGACAGCGGCUUGUCCACGGCCGAGAUCGAGGGCCGCGCGCAAGCUCUUGGGCUCUUGGAGACGCUGAAGGCGGACCCCGAGCUCUUUCAGGAGCGCAUGGCCAAGUACGUGUACCCGGGGAUCGGGGGCACUGACCACGAGAGGCUCUUCUGCUUCUUCAGCCUGCUGGCCGCCUGCGGCUGCCCAGGCUUUGGGAGGCCGGCCAUCGCGCCCGACACGCACGUCCGGCUGCUCAAGAAGCUGAAGGUUGUCGCCUCAGGCCUGAAUUACAAGAAGCUGACCGGCGAGAACGCCCGGCCUCUGGCCGCCCUGGAGCCCGUCCUCACCAGCCAGAACAUCCUGUCCAUCUCCAAGCUGGCCCCCAGGAUUCCGGAGAGCGACGGCGGCGCACUGGCCCCGAGCUCCCUCUACACCGUGUGGCUGCAGAAGCUCUUCUGGACGGGCGACCCCCAGCUCCUGAAGAAGGCCCCGGCCGCCGGCCCCGAGUGGCUGCACGCCUACGACGUGUGCACCAAGUACUUCGACCGCCUGGAGCCGCGCGACCUGCUCGCCGUGCUGGACGCCAUGACCUUCUCCGCGGAGGCCGUGGCCAAGCUGAGCGUGGACACCCGGACGGAGAUGACCAGGAGGGCCCUGGCCACCGUCCAACACUUCAUUGAGAAGAGAAAGAAGAGACAUCCUGAUGCCCGCGACCCUGAGGCCCCGGGCGCCACCCCUGCUGCCACCCCUGUCUCCUAUGACGAUGUCCUUAACUACCUGGAGCAGUCCCUCGCCCACCUGGGCACCCUCAGCCACAGCUUCAUCACCUCCCUGAGGACCAGCGAGCAGGAGGAUCUGCGGCGCCAUGCCAACCUCUACGACCUCUCCCGGUCUGAGGAGGCCAAGAUCCGGGCGCAGGCCGUGACCAUGUGCCUGGAGGGGCGGCCCCUGGCGAUGGUGUGGCAGCUGCUGGAGGUGGCUGUCGGCCCGCUGGGCCUCUCCCCCAAGACGGUGGUCCACAGCGCGGUCACCAGCGUGCUGUCUCUGCUGAGUGGAGAAGGCGCUGCCCUACCUGUGCCCGGAGACCCGCUGCAGGUGCUGGAUGGCAUCAUCUCGUCGGUGCAUGCGAGCGUGGAGAAGGGAGAAGGGCUCCUUUCGGCCGACGACCUGCUGGCCUGGUUCCGGCCCUUCUGUGCCGACGACUCCUUGCCCGUCAAGCCGCGGGUCCAGGUCCUGCAGAGCAUGGAGCGCUCCUUCCAGCUCACGGACGAGGACAGGAAACUGCUGGUGUUCUUCCGGACAGAGGCCAUCCUCAAGGCCACGUGGCCCCAGACCCAGUUAGCUGGUGCCUGAAGAAUGUGGGCCAAAAUACGGAUGUUUCCUUCAAAAAACGAUUUCAGCACGCCAUCACUCAACUCCUCCUCGUUUUAGUGCCGAAGACCCCUGCGGCUCAGAACGCCGACACGCUGCCUCGGCUCGCCUGGCGCCCGUGGCAGGGCCCUGCUCACGCUGCCUCGGCUCGCCUGGCGCCCGUGGCAGGGCCCUGCUCACGCUGCCUCUCGGGCUCGGGUUCAGGGCAUCUGCGGGCCCUUCCCGCCACCACACCCCCUACUGGCGGGGGAGGGGCUCCUCCUUUUAAAAGGUAACUCACUGGCUGUUGCGGUUAUGGGUAGAAGCCAUUUUUGACGGUGGUUUUCUGACAUUUGGGGAUGAGAUGGUCUCCCCUCCUCCCUCCUCCCCCUCUCCCUGGGCAGUGCAUGUACGCUGGAGGCUCUCCCAGAGCCCAAACAGUGACACGCAUGUGGCGGAAGGUGGACUCCAGCUUCCUUCUCGGCUGGCGGAGAUCAUCGAGGACCCAUUCUGGAGGUCUUAGGAACUUGCUCCAGCGGCGAACAUUUCUCUUACUUUAUGAUCCUUCUCCUGGGGCGGCCCAGGAGUGGUACUGCUGGCUCGAAGGGUCAGUUUGUGACCCUCUUAGCCUGUUCCAUACUGGUCUCCAGAAUGGUGGUAUCAUUUCACAGGUCUACCAACAAUGUAUUGGUGCCCAAUUUUUCCCACAUCCCUUCAAAAAUUCAUCCUUUUUCUUUUUGGUCUUAGGGGAGGAAUUCCUAAAUAAACAACAGGUAGAAGAAAUCGCACAAGACAAAAGGGACCAUCUUGAUUUCAUAAACAUUUAAAAAAUGUAUAGUCAAAGCAAAUGGAGUAAAAAGAGAACAGUGAAAUAGAAACAUUCUUCUUCCCACUUCUGUAUUAAAAUUCUAACCCAAGAUCUAGAGGGAAUUGUCCCAAAUGUGUGCUAUAAUGAGCUAUUCCCCAGUAGAUAAAUGCUAAAAUAAUUGACGUACAUACAGCACUGUAAAGUUACAAAGUUUAAACUGCCUCAUAAACUUUAUACUUUGCAUCUAUGGAGUCAACGGAUUUAAACUGUUAAAAAAAUGGAUUGACUUUGGGAAGAUGAGCACUCUUUGAGGUGCCAGCGGGACAACCAUCCAGUCAUUUGGGAACAGCAUUUGGCAUUAAGUGGAAACAAAAAGACUGAAAUGUUCCUAGGUAACGUGAAACCUGGUCAUCCUGGGCCUGUACUUCCGGGAGAUUAAAGACACGGGGAGUGAUAGCUCAUCGAGACGUUAGUAUUCAUAGCAGGGAGGAAAACUGGAAACAAAGUGAUUGACCGGGGAUGGCUGAACAAGUUCUGGCCAGAAAUAGAGUGGAACAUGUUUGUGCUCUAAGAAGUGGUGUGAACUGAGACAGAACAAAGACAAAAUCAGAAGAGCUUUUAGACACAAUGACCCCAGUGACGGAAAGGAAAACGUUCAGAAAUCCCAGGCUUCAGUUGAGUGCCGCGGCCGGUCUGUGUUCCCGAGAUGACGAGGGGCCAUGGGCUGGGAAUGGGAGAUGCCACCCAGGCUGGCCAGUAAGCUCGGGAGACUGGCUUGAUGUAACUGCCUCUCCUUUUCCUGUGAGGUGUGUAGGUCACUUGGAAGUGACUUCGAUGUAAAAAAUAAAAAACUCUUUUUGGUAUUGAGUUGAGAUUGCUAAAUAUUUCUCUUGGUAGUCCACAAACCAUUGGUUAAACAUUGAUUAGGUAUCAGGUUCUGUGAGGUGUGCAGGGGACACCAAGGCCAAAGCGUGGGACUUGCCAUCAAGGAAGGUGAGGCAUGGUUAGAUUGGGGAGAGAAUCAGGAACUGGUUAUUAUUAUUAUUAGUUGGGAUUUGGGUUAAGCACUGUAGGAAGCCAGGGAAGCCAAGUGGCAGAGAUGAGGAGGGAGAGCAUCCUAGAUAUGAGGUGGCUGAAUUCUGUGACUCUUUCUGGGAGUUUUCUUGGCAAGGAUACUGGAGUGGUUUGCCAUUUCCUUCUCCAGAUUGUUUUACAAAUGAAGAAACGGAGGCAAACAGGGCCAAGUGACUUGCCUAGGACCACACAGCUAGUAAGGUCAGAGAUUGGAUUUGAUCUCAGAGAGAUGAGCCUUCCUGAAUCCUGGCCUCACACUCUGUGCGUGAUGGUGCCACCUUGCUGCCCAUUGCAUGGGGACAGAGUCAGUGACCCGCGCUGGAGCCUGUGGAAAAGAGAGAAAGUAUAAGGCGUGCCAAAGGACAGAAGCUGGAGGUUGAUCAGCUGUCAAUCAAAGGAAGAUUCCAUUUGGCAUGUUACGGGGAAACAGUUGAAGGCAAGAGUCAACGGCUGACUGAUUUCUGGGCCUCUUGGCUGAUGGUGGUGACUCGGAAGGAAGAAGCUGGGUUUAUCUCUGGGACUCGGGAUAGUCAAGGUGGAGGCAGCCUGGCUGAUCUGAAGGCAGAAGAAGAAGGACAAGAGUCCAUAGAUCUCUCUCCGGCCGGCUCUGUUUCAUGCUCGUGACUGAAUCGCCAUUUCUCCCAAUAUCCUCCACCCCAAGACUCCCUGUAGAUAAUAGGGAAACCUCCAACCCUCUUGCCUCCAUCCUUCAUCUUUCCUGUCUUCCCCAAAUGACCCCUUACUUUAGAUACGAGAUAGAAAGUGUUUUCAUUUGAGCCAGCACAAACUCCCCCUGAAUAAGCAGCAGCAGAAGACAAGGGGAGGGAAGCUGAACAGGCUGAAGACGGAGGACCGGGAGGAGGGUAGGCAAAAGGAAGAUAACUGCCUGAUUGAUUAGUGCUCAUUGAUCCAUCGAAUCUACCCCCUCCGAUAUUAUCUAUUACAGUUUGGCACCUCGGACUGACUGGACUUCACAAUCUCUAAAGACAACAGCAAGAUGUUUAAGCCAGUGCUCUGUGGGGAAGUUGUGCUGGCAGCAUUAUGGCUUACUGCAUUUAUAAUAUCCUAUACAGUAAAAUGACCACCAUGAUGGGCGAUUCACACUAGAGAUGCCAUUCCAAAAAGAAGCUGCCCUCUGGCGCAUCAUGGCUCAAGUUUAUCUCAGCUCCACGGCGGGGCUGUACAGACUCUGACUUAUUGGAAGGACAUCUAUAGAUUUGGAAUCCCCCAAAAGGCAGCAAAGAUAAUGGUGGUGGAUACUAACUUGGAAAAUGUUGUUCAGAACAUGUUUGAAGAAUUUAUCAAGGCAGACGGGCUGGAUUAAGGACAAGAACAAUGGCCAGAAAAUUGUGCACCCAACGAGAAAGACAGAAAGGCAAAGAAAACAAAGGCUAAUGCACAGGGAAAUGACAGUGACAAGGACACUAAGUCUGAAAGUGAACAUGAGAAAAUUUUUCCAUCCAAAGGAUGUGUUACAUUCAAAGGUGCAUGGACAGUUUAUAACCCAGGAGCUUAAUUCCCUGAAGAAAGGGGUUCCAAAAUGUAUAGAUCAGCCCUAUAAGACUCAGAAAGAACUCAGACGUGCUUUCCGAAUUUCUGAGCCAGAUUUCCAAGAUGUGGAAUUUCUCUUGUCUGAACUGUUUAGCCCCCAUGAGCAUCGCCAAUUCGUUGAAAAGACCAGGUCAGAAAACAACCGGCCCACAGAGGAGCAAAGGGAAGACCUUGAUUUUGCUAAUCCCACCAGCAUGACCUACUCGAGGAAAUGUAGGGAGGACUUGCUUCAAGCUGUUACGCUCUGUUGUUCAAAGCCUAAUGCACGGGCCAGAUUUGACAAACUAAUGCAAAAUGCAGGGGAACAUCCAGCUUCCUUUAUAGCUCGUCUCUCUGAAAUGGCUGAAUCAAUGAUGAGUUCGGAGGCAAAUAGGGGUGAGUCUACAGAUCACGUGAGGAGCCAGUUCUUGAAGGGCUGCCACCUCCCUUCAGGAACUUUUUCACAUAUUACUUCCCAAAGUCUGAUACUGCGAGUCCGAUCGGAUUAGGUGAAACCACAGCUUAGCUCCAUGAAAAUGAUCCAGAACAACAUGAACAGAUGCAGGAUUUAAAGGAAAAAUUAGAGACGAGGAGAUUGAGCAAAUCAAGAAGCUGAAUACCGUUAGGACACACACAAACCUACUUAUGAACCCAAAACAGUCCAGAGAGAAACCAGACGAUGUUUUUCCUGCCAUAAGAAAGGACACCUGAUCAAAGACCGCUUUCUGAGAAAGCAAGACCCAGAAAGCACAAUCCCACUUGCUGUUCUCAUCGUAAGCUAAAGUCCACCCAGCAGGCAACUGAUUUAGAGGAAAUGCAACAGCCUAUUAAACGAGGAACCAAACCUAAAUAUUCUGACACGGCUAGGAGAGAAUUAUGAAGCCAGGCCUAGAACGUACGUAGUUUGGUACAUGGAGAUAGAAGAAAUGGUGUAAGAGAGACUGAUGUUAAACUUAGGAGAAAGAAGAUAAGAAAUGGUGAAAAUUCAGUGCAAGCAAGUGAAUCUGAGUGAUAGCAAAUGCAAUAAUAAACCGAGAGACCAGCAGAGGCCAGUAAAGCAGUUAGAGGCAGCUCGACCCUUGAAAACCCUCGGGGAACCCGAGAUUCCUUCUUGAGGAUCACACUCUUACUGACUUGAGAUCUCAGCGUCAUCCCAGUCAUUAAUUCAUUCCCUGAGAGCCAUUCACUACGUGCCUAACGUGGGUCAAGGGGCGUUCUCGGGGCUGCUGGGCCGGACGGGCGUUGUGCCUGUGGGCUGCAGACUGGGAUAGAGGAGGACAUGGAGGCCCGGAGAGAGGAAGUGAUUCUUCUGGAUCCCAGGGGGCCAUGGCAGAGCCAGAACUCGACCUCAGAUCCUUCGAUUCCAGAUCCUCCUUUCCUUCUGCCCGGGCUGCUCCGGGCAAGGCUCCCUUCUGGCUCCUUAGGAGUUCACAGCUCAUGAAAGCAACCUGCCACUUGCCCUCAGCUUGGGAGAAUCUCACGAGCUUUCCGGGUCAUGGAUGUGUUUUUUUGUUGGAGUUGUUUGAGGAGGUCUCUUGGCAGAGGAGCCGGGGCCGUCCCCUGCGGGCUGUGCUGAUUUUAUUUAGCCGGCGGCAUCUGUUUUUGUGGGGGGAAGCCUUUCUCUUUCCGCUUCCUGCUCUCGCCUUCCUUUUUCCUUUUUUUCUCCUUCCUCUCUUUAAACGAGCAGCCUUAGGCUUCCUGUAUUGGCUCCCCUUAAUUGAUUCUUAUUCCGUGACCCUUUCCUUGAGGACUUGUGCCAGUCCACCAGGUUAGAUUCGAUGACUUUGGGUGUUAGAGGCAGCGAUUCUCCCCCCUCUGGGCCUUGGUGUUCCCCUCGGCAUCUUUGUUUCUGAGGUGUUAGGUCGUGUCUCUGGGUAGGGGGCGGCGCCUGCACUCGCCUGGACUUGGAGCCAGCCUCUCGGCGCCCCAUCAGGAGCGUGGGCACAGGGAGCCAUUGAGGGAGAUGUAGGCCAGGCGGAGAGGUGGCCUACGGAGCCAUUGCCGGGCCCUUGCUUGUUCCCGUGAGGCCCGCUGUGGCCCUUUCCCCAUGCUGUGAAGCGAUCAGGAGAGGCUCCUCAUGAAUUUGGGCGCCGCUUUCGGCUCUGCAUCGCUCUAUUGGCUGUUGCCCCCGCGAUGCCGCUUCUCCAUCCUCCAUCUGCUUCCCUUCCUCGUGAGGGCUUGUUCUCAGGAGAGUCCGUUGUGUGUCUGCGAAAGGGCCUCAGCUAGCAGUUAUGGCUGUCUAGAAUAGGCCGUCCGCGAAGAUGCCCUCGGACAGGGCCACAGAUCGCUUUACUCGGGGAGCCCCCCGGCGACCCACAGAAUAAAUACACAAACGGAACUGGCCCAGGUAGCCCUCGGGCACACGGGUAUGGGGGGUGCCCUCUCCCCUCUUCUUGGGGCCCUGCGUGUUUGGGUUCCGGCUGCUGCCCUUUCCAGCGAGGCCCUCGUUCAGGCGGUCCCCGCUUCUGUCGCUCCCUUUGCCCCGGCUCUCUCGGAGCGUCCCAGGCUUCUCGGGGCUCUUCCUGUUCAUCGGUGAUUGCCGACCUAUCCGCGGGCACAGAACUUCUCCUGCGAUAUUUUCCUCGGGCGAAGUCACUUGAGCACGAUUUCUCUUCCUGUCAGGAAUUCAGCAUCGGAGCCGGAAACAAGCGUAGCCUAAAAGCAGAACUUGUACUGCUCCGUCCUGUCUCAUUCCAUGAGCAUUCCGUGGGCUGGGCUGCAGGCCCUGUGCCAGCUUCCGGCCCAGUCUUGUUUCCGCCUUCCAUGGCCCGCCCCGAGGGAUUCUCCUGAGUGCAGGGCUGACUCCCGGGACUCCUUCACCCGCCCACGUUCCGGUCGAGGGUCGCCGGCCUGGCACCGCCCCUUCCUGGGUGCUCCUCGCACCCGGUACGCCGUCUGGACGUUUCCCAGCCGGUCCCGGCCUCCUUAGCUCCCCUCACUUUCCCCGACGAGCCCGGCCCCUCCCGACUCCCACUUCGACAAACCCCCAGCGCCAGGCACAGCGGGACGCGUCUGUGGACUCCCUUUAUUUCGAACUGGGGACGCUCGGGCCAGAGGAGGAGGAAGAAGGAAGCCGGCCCUUUGCUCCCCGAUGCCCCUCGGCCGCCUGCCAGGCCUGGUGGCUUCACGUGCUGGGUUUUGCCCCGAUGGCGCGCCUGGGACAAGGGGGAGCCUGUCCCCUGAGGCGCUCGUCUCCCCUCGGGGCCCCGAGCACACGUGCCUGCGCUUUUCGGGGCGCUGGACACAGAGGACCCACUUUGCUUCCGUCUGAGUGAGGACGCGGCCCGGCUCUUCCUCCGGCCUCGGC